AUGUCGAAUUCAAAUACGAGUCAAAGACGUUUAUUUAAAGAUUUACAAAAGAUUCAAAGUGAAGAACUACCAGGCAUCAAUGCAACUCCUGUGGAUAAUGACAUGCGUGUAUGGAACGCUUUGAUCGAUGGACCAUCUGAUACUUGCUAUGAAGAUGGAUUAUUUACGCUUCGAAUGGAAUUCACAGAUACUUAUCCGUUGACACCGCCUAAUGUUCGAUUUACUUGUAAAAUGUUUCAUCCAAACGUCUAUGCUGAUGGUAGUAUCUGUUUGGAUAUUUUACAACGAAAUUGGAGUCCAACAUAUGAUGUAUGUGCUAUAUUAACAUCAAUUCGUUCGUUAUUAAAUGAUCCGAAUCCAAAUUCGCCAGCAAAUAACGAGGCAGCCAAAUUGUUUUUAGAAAAUCGACGAUUAUACGAGUCGAAAGUACGUAAAUUAGUUGAAGAAUCAAUUAUGGCCGAUCAAAUAAUAAAUGAUUUAAAAUUAACUGAUGAUAAUGACGAUGAUGAGAAAAAGAAAUCAAUUGACAAAUCGCCAUCAGCAGCAGCAGCAGCAGCAAGUAAUAAUAAUAAUAAUAAUAAUAAUAAUAAUAAUGACAGUAAUAAUAAUAAUACUAAUCAAGAGGCUCAAGCAACAGCAGCAUCGGCUUCAUCAUCAAAUCCAUGA